AUGAUGCAAGGCAUGUCCUUUCCUCCGCACCCGACGGGCAUGCAACCAGGCGUGCCCCACGGUCAUCCAGGAAUGCCUCCCAAUGCUCAGCACAUGGGCCAGCCGAUGCAGAUGCCUGGUGUCUCGGGUCCUGGUGCUCCUCACAUGGGUCAACCAGCCAUGAUGGGCAUGCAACCCGGCCAGCAGAAUAUGCCUCCCGGCAUGGGUCCCGGCCCGGGUGGUGGCAUGAUGCCGCAGCAGUCCAUGGGCGGUCCCGGUGCAAACGCCAUGGCAAUGAGCCAUCUCAACCCUCAAACCCACAUGAUGCAACAGCACCAUCAGAUGCAGCAAGCAAUGGCCAACAACCCCCAAUUGAUGAUGCAGCAGCAACACAUGGCGCGUCAACGGCAGAUGAUGGCAGCGCAACAAGCUCAGCAACAACAACAGCAGCAACAGCAACAGCAGCAGCAACAGCAGCAGCAGCAGAUGAACGGUAUGGGAAUGGGAAUGGGCAUGAACGGCCAUCCGGGCAUGAGCCCUCAGCAAUUCGCUCAGAUGCAGGCAAAUCCCGCCUUCCAGAAUGCUCAAAUGGCCAAUCUGCCGCCUCAACACAUCAUGCAGAUCCAACAGAUGCGACAGAUUCAAGCCGCCCAAGCUGCUCAGCAACACGCGGCGCAACAACAACAGCAGCAGCAGCAACAGCAGACGCCACACCCUCAGGGUCCCCAGGCCCCUGCGACACCUCAGAUGCAGCAACAGUCAAUGGCUCAACACAUGGCCAUGCAGCACGCUUCAUCUCAGGCUUCGCACCAGAGUGCUCCCCCGAACAACCAGCCUCCACCCCAGCAGCCGCCGCCAGCUCAGAUGAGAAGCCAGUCGCAGAUCCCUUCUGGUCCUGANAGUGAGAUANNGUCGCGUGAGUCGAAUUCAUCAGAGCAUUGGCACAAUUUCGUGAACCAGUUCUGGACACCGGACGGCCGGCUCGUACAACAUGUCCUUGACAACACAAAUUCGUCGACCAAACAGUUCAUGAUCAGUGCCUCUUCACUAGCACGGUACUAUUGGACAUGGUUCGACAGCGGUGUGCAAAACAUACAACUGCAGCUAGAGGGCGUGAGAGAAAUCCCUGCNCCCAACAAUGCUCACUGGGUGACGUGUACCCGUGCUCGCUACAUCUUCUGGUUUGCAAACAACACUCAACUGACAGCCUCGUUCCCUGCUGGCUUGGACAAGUUCGAAUCGCUCGAGUUCGAAGUGUCCAAGACGGAGGAAUUCAUCCCACGCUCCGAACUCGCGCGUGUCGUCGCCCAGGGCUCGCCCCUGAUGAACAAAAGGCCANNGGUAGCGGAAACCAUCUUCUUCAUGAAGGACCUGAUGGAGUACUCUCAGAAAAACGAGCUCCGGCCUCACGACGCCAUGAACCAGAUGGUCGCCCAAAUCGAGGAGGGCCAACAAUUCGGCCAGCCUCAAAACAUGGUUCCGAACCCCAUGCAACCCAACCACGCUCAGAUGGCUCUGCAAAGAAACGGCAUUGUUCAACCCCUGCCCCAGGGUGCCGGCACUCCCAACCAGGCCCACAUGCAGUUGCCUGGCCAAUAUUCCUCGCCGUCAGUCCCCCACAUGAAUUUGCCCAUGCAGCACCUGAACGGGCAACAGAUGAUGGCUAUGAAUGGCUCACCUCACAUUGCGCACCCGGGCUUGCCCGGUGGCUCNUUGAUGGCUCCCAACCACAUGAUGGGACAGAUGCACCACUCGCCAAGCCCGCACAUGGGCCCACCGAUGAUGGUGCCGCAACACUCACAGCAAGGCAACAACCCAACCGGUGCGCACCAGUCCGCAUCGACAAGCCCGAACCUGAGCAGUAAGCGUCGGCGUUCACAAGUCAAGCUUGAAGGUGACGACGGACUAGAAGGACCGCCUUCACAACGCAUGAAACCUAGUCCAGGCCUCAAGAAGAAGUGA